CCCCCAUAUUCUGCAGACUUUAUUCUACUUAAAAGGCGCCAUUUACCACUCGCUCCAUUCAAAAUCUCCCCUAAACCUUUCCAAACCCUACCCGUUUUUUUUUCUUUCAUCUCGCCUACGCCAUGAUUUCGCACUCAUACGCUGCCGAUACGUUCACGAAGGCGAAUGAGUUGGCGUCCUCCGUCGCCGCCGCGCUUUCUCCGCCGCAGAUUGCUUCCGCCUGCUCCGCUUUGGAAUCCUUCCUCCGGAAGCACACUCCCGAUCAACAGCGAUGGUUCUUCUCCAUCACUUUUCCCGCUCUAAUUUGCAGGCUAUUUGGCUUCGAUGACUCUACGCCUCCAAAGCCCCGCCCUUGCAACGGAUGGAUCGAUGUUGCUACUUCGGAAAAAGAUUUGGAGCUUGCAGGAAGAAUUUUCAGCCUACUGUCACCAAACGGAGUGUUAUUAUCUUCAAUAUCAGCAGCUGACCAGAUUUCCCUUAUCAAAUACAUUUUUCCGAAUGAACGAUUGCCUGAGUGGGUUCGUUACAUGCUUCAAAAACAAGAUUGUGAGGUUUUAGGCAACAUGUGUCCUUUGUUCAAGGGCAGGGUUAAGGGAGAUCCAAAUCAGGGUUCUUCAUAUCAGGUUCAGUUAAAUGUUUUUGAAUACUACUUCUUUUGGUUUGCUUUUUACCCGAUUUGUAGAGGUACCAGCGAGGAAUCAGAGGCAGCAAAAGCUCCUCAGGCUAAGAAAUCUAGAUUGGAAAACUGGUCUUAUUCGAUCCCUGGUCUUUCGAGUAGUAAGCGUGAAACAGAAAAGAAGCCUGAGAGUAACUUGUAUGCACGAUUGCUGUAUGCAUACCUCCACUCUUUUGUAUCUGUCCAAGAUGUAAAUGUGUAUCAGCCAUACCGAAGUUCACUUCUUCAUUAUUCUCCAGGUUAUGAUAGUUGUGCUAAAGACCGGGCAGAAUUUGUGAUAAAUACAUUGAUCCAUUUUUGGCUGGUUGAUAAUGAUUUUUCACCCUUGCCUGUAAGCUUGUGCAAAGCAUUCGGUAUAUCUUUUCCUUUUAGAUCUGUUCUGGGAGAGACUCCACCUACACCUGGACUGGGUGAUGUGAUAAAUGUUUUUGUAAAGUAUUUGAAUCUGAAUAUACAAACUGCUAUGGAUGGGAUGAAUCUGAUAGAAUAUGUUGGUAGUGCUGGCUGGAAACUUUCAGGUUUAUUUGAUGUUAAGUCAAGAGAUGCUGCUAUCAGCAUACAUUCUGUUAUAUCAUGGAACACGUUGAUCCAGAGGCCUCUAUACAGAUUUAUUUUGAGAACCUUUCUAUUUUAUCCAGUGGAGACUUCCAUAAAGAAUGCAUCACAAGCAUUUUCUGCAUGGAUCAAUUAUCUGGAGCCAUGGUCAACUAAUCAUGAAGAAUUUGCUGAUCUUAAUGAGAGUUUGGGGCUGGCACCUAAGGAUUCUGCAGACUCUGUCCCUAGAUCGUCUUCUGGAUAUUCCUCCUCUUGUCAGGGAUUUGUGUUGGCCAAUUAUCUAUAUUAUAGCUCCUUGGUUAUGCAUUUUAUUGGAUUUGCGCACAAGUUCCUUCAUACAGAUACAGAAGCAAUUGUUCAGAUGGUUGCUAAGGUAAUAAGCAUAUUAACUUCAUCUGUUGAGCUCAUGGAUCUCAUAAAGAAUGUUGACACUGUCUUCCAUUCAAAAGCUGUUGAUUCGAAAAAAUCAGUGCUCUCUCCAGUGAACAGAUCCAUUCCAAUAAUUUGCCAACAAUUACAGGACUGGGAGGAUGGCCUGUGCGAGAAUGAAGCAGAUGGAUCCUUUUUGCAUGAGAACUGGAACAAAGACUUGCGGCUCUUUGCUAAUGGAGAAGAUGGCGGUCAGCAUUUGCUUCAGCUGUUUCUGUUGAGAGCAGAGUCUGAACUACAAGCAAUCUCCGUCAACACACUCUCCCAAAACCUCCAGUAUCUGGAUUCACUGAAAGCCCAAUUGAGCCAGCUGUUCGGAAGUCCAUUUACUCGGCAAUCACCACCCAUGCCCGGCGGAUCAGCAGCUGAGUCAGGACACCACCACCAGCAAUCCCGCGAUGAAAUAUUCAAGCCUAGAAGCUUCGGCCACCACAAUGGAGCCAAGAUAAAAUACAAGGGUGACUGGAUGAAGCGGCCUGCCUCCAACGACGAGGUUGCAUGGCUAGCGUCACUACUAGUGCAUAUAUCAGGUCUGGUUAAUGAGAAGCUCGGGCUGAACGAGAACCAAGGAAGAAGCAGUGGCUCGUCAUAUGUUGAAUUGGGUGUCCCCGACGGAAGCGUGCAUGGACCUAUUGAGACCGUGAAAGUGGUGCUGUGGUGUGUUGUUUGUUGGCUGACGUGGAUGCGCCGGAGCAUAGCUGAGUUCAUGAGAACACAUGGUUUGCGGGUUAAUCUCAGGCUGCUGGCUUCCAAGAAGUUUGUGGUUUUGAUUCCUUGGCGAAGAAAUGCAUAGAAAUUUAUAUAUAUAUAUUAUAAAUUCAACUAAGAAGAUGGUGGCGCCUGGAUCCGUCUGUACACGGCAGUAAACGUCUCCCCGCCAUUCCUCGCAACCUUCUGCCCCUCCUCCGUCGCGGUGCUCAGCAGCUCCACCACCGGAUCCGCCUGAAGCUCCGUCGCCGCCACCGCCUCAAACAGCGGAUGCUCUUCCAAACACGCCUUCAUCCAGACCCCGAGCUCCUCGACAUCCGUGAUGGUAUAUAUAAUCCCCCCUACUGUGAGCACGUAGGCGUACUCGUCCAGCAGGUGGGGGCUAAUGACGCGGCGGCGGUGGUUCUUCUCCUUGAAGUGCGGAUCCGGGAAGAGGAAGAACAUCUUCGUCAGCUGCCCCUUGUGGAAGUAAUUGGGGAUGUAUUUCAUGGAAUUGGUCCUCACCACGGAGGCGUUGUGGUAGUGGCCGGGAUUGGAGGCGCGGAGGGCGAGGAUGCGUUCCUUGACGUACUCGGUGACCUUGUCCCUCAGCUCCAUGCCGACCAUCAGCGUGGCGGGGAAGAGCGGCGCCAGCGCGAUCAGAAGCCCUCCGAAGCCGCAACCGACGUCGGCGAACUCGAUUUUUUGGGAACGAUCGGAGAAUCCUGGGAAGUGGAGGGAGUAAUCGAAUUGAGCGGGGGAGAUUGGGACGGGGAAAUGGGAAUCACUGAGGGGGUUGCUGUGCGCGCGGGCGCGGUAGAAGCGCUUCCGGGGAAGCCCGGUGGUUUUGCUGUGGGUCGGAUUCAGAUUCGGGUCGUGGUCCGGCAUUGCCGACGGCGGUGGUGGUUGCAGCGUCGAACGGUGACGGUGAGGUCUUUCCUUUCUUCUAUUCUAGUCAGUGUCGGUCUAGGGUUAGGGUUAGGGUUAGGGUUAGGUUGAAUGAAGCUUCUUCCUAUAAUACAAGCAAAGCGAGAAAACCCUUGGUGGAUCCUAAACCCUAACACGUAUGGAUAUGCGCUGGAGACCAAGUGAGGCUUAAGGAGAUUCAAAUACACUGACGGCCGCCGUUAUGCGUAUUAUAUUUAUCGUUUAUAUGUAGAGGGAUUUUACAGGGUUAA